UAAACUUGCACCAGAGACUGUUGUCAAAAGGCUGAACGGACAACGCGACAACCGGGGAGUUACGAGUGUGCGGAAUAACUUAAGCGUCUCCACAGGUUAUUUUGUUUUAAUGUCGUAGUCUGCAUGCCUUUUUUAGCGAAUUGAAUCAAAGUUUAGGAAACGACCGGCGUAUUUAGACUAUUUGCCUUUAGUUUUCGUUUAAAUUCAGAGUCGUAUGGGAGUAAGUUCGCGUAGAAGGCCAAACAAACGUUCACAAUAGUUUGAGCCUCGCUAAAGUUAACUGCGGGUGGCUUUUAAAACGUUUUCUUUAUAUAAAUCACACAGCACUUUACUCCAAAAAUGAGUGCUGCCAUUGCAAAACCGGCGCAUCCGUCGGGACAGGUGGACCCGAAGUCAGCGACUCUGAAAGAAAUCCCAGAGGUUCUGGUCGACCCACGCACCAUGAAGAGAUACACAAGAGGGAGAUUCCUCGGGAAAGGGGGCUUCGCCAAAUGCUACGAAAUUACAGACGUGGAGACUAAGCAGGUUUUCGCUGGCAAAAUAGUGCCCAAGUCGCUGAUACUGAAGCAGCACCAGAGGGAGAAGAUGACCUCGGAAAUCGCCAUUCACAAGAGCAUUCACCACCCCAACAUCGUGGGCUUCCACGGCUUUUUCGAGGAUGACGACUUCGUCUUUGUGGUGCUGGAGAUCUGCAGGAGAAGGUCUUUGUUGGAGUUGCACAAACGUCGUAAAGCUGUCACUGAGCCCGAGGCCCGUUACUACAUGACUCAGCUGCUCAAGGGUGUCCAGUACCUGCACACCAACAGGGUCAUCCACAGAGACUUGAAGCUGGGAAACAUCUUCCUCAAUGAUGACAUGGAUGUCAAGAUAGGGGAUUUCGGUUUGGCCACCAAGAUCGAGUUUGAUGGCGAGCGGAAGAAGACCUUGUGCGGAACACCCAACUACAUAGCGCCUGAAGUGCUGUGUAAAAAAGGCCACAGUUAUGAAGUGGACAUCUGGUCACUUGGAUGCAUAUUGUACACUUUGUUAGUGGGCAAACCUCCGUUUGAGACCUCCUGUCUGAAGGAAACCUACAACCGCAUCAAGAAAAACAACUACACCGUUCCCUGGCACAUCAAUCCAGUUGCAGCGACUCUCAUCAAGAGGAUGUUACACGCUGAUCCUGCGCAGAGGCCAACCAUCUCUGAAUUAACGUCUGAUGAGUUCUUUACGACGGGCUACAUCCCCCUACGUCUGCCCACCACUUGUCUUACUGUGCCCCCACGAUUCUCCAUUGCCCCCUCCCAAGCUGCAGAGCUCAACCUGAGGCGCCCCCUCACUGCUAUAAACAACAAGGGAGGCACAGAUAAAGUGGAGAUGAAAGAUGAGCCUAUGCAAAGGGAGGUGGAGCCAUCAGAAUGCCACCUGAAAGACAUGCUGCAGCAGCUCAACAGCAUCAACGCUGCCAAGCCUUCUGAGAGGCUACUGAUUCGCCAAGAGGAAGCGGAGGACCCUGCGUGCGUCCCCAUCUUCUGGAUCAGCAAAUGGGUUGACUACUCUGAUAAAUACGGACUGGGCUAUCAGCUCUGUGACAACAGUGUGGGUGUCCUGUUUAACGACUUCACCCGACUCAUCAUGUACGCUGAUGGAGACAGCCUGCAGUACAUCGACAAAAUGGCAGCUGAGUCCUACAUGAACAUUCGCACAUUUCCUACAACUCUCAACAAAAAGAUAACAUUGCUGAAAUACUUCCGCAAUUACAUGAGCGAGCACCUGCUGAAAGCUGGUGCCAACAUGGCUCGCCGGGAGGGAGAUGAGCUGGCUCGGAUGCCUUACCUGUCCCUCUGGUUCAGAACAAAGAGCGCCAUCGUCCUGCACCUCAGCAACGGCACGGUUCAGAUCAACUUCUUCCAGGACCACACUAAGCUGAUCCUGUGUCCGCUGAUGGGUGCCGUCACCUACAUCGAUGAGAACCGAGUCUUCCGCACCUACAAGCUCUCCCUGCUAGAGGAGUUUGGGUGCUGUAAGGAGCUCGCCAGCCGCAUGCGUUACGCCAAAUUCAUGGUGGAGAAGCUCAUGGAUAGCAAGUCUUCCUAAGAUGCACAUUAGAUCUGUUUUGCCCAAAGUUUCAACCUCAAAAUGGGACAAUCCUUUUAAAUAUUUUAAUGAGGGAGGCAGUUUUGUUAAUGUCACCUUUAGACUUUGACGUUUACCAUGACGCUUAAUCUUUCAUAUGUCACUCAUGAAGAUGGAGUUUGGGCCUCUGAUUUUUAUGUUAUGUGGUCCUGUUAAAAAUUGUCACUCUUAUGUCUUUACUUAACCUUCUUGAUGAAGUUUUCUUUUCACAAAUGUCUUUCUGCUGGCGUGAUUGCUGGAUCGUUGGACAGAGUGGCAGAUCAUCUUGUACACAUACGUUUGAGUCUCAGGGGCUAAUACUGUUUGUUAUUCCAAUUUCAUCAUCUUAUUGGAACGUUCCUAGAUUUUCACUGUUUGCGCACAGGAUGUGUCUUUAAACCCAGCUGUGUGGAUGAAGUUGUGAGGACUCGACUGGCUGUGCAGGUUGAUAAAAGCGUCUGGUCUUUGUCUCGUUUGUAUGUAUUUGUAUGUAUUUCUCGCAUGUAGAGAAAUGGACCAUGUUAUCGUCUUCAUCAUGUACAUUCUCCUUGUAGCUACUUUUUACCUUUUUUAUAAAUAUUUUAGAUGUGGCUUUCAACAAGAUGUACAAAUAUGUACAUACUGCUGAACAUGCAUGUGUGUUGUAAAGAUGGUUUAAAUAAAGUUUCUUGAACCUAAUCACAGAAUUUUGUGCUUUAGUCAGAUUGGCUGUUCUAUAAUUGUUUAUACUAAAAAUAAUACAAAUUCAUCAUGGACAAAGGAAGGUGUGUGAAAAUUUACUUUUUUUUUUUUUCAAUGUUUACAACUUUUUUUCUAAGUGAAUUGUUUGCUCAAAAUUGCUCUGUGUGCACGACUCGAUACUGACACCUGGUGGCCAUGUGUAAUACUUUAAUCUUGUACAAACUCAAAAAUAAACGUAAUCACAUUUCA